AAUGCACCAUCACCACCAUUACCUAUUCGAAAACUUCUUUUACUACUAUGGAAAAUUUUAUUGUAUACUCUCGGUAGUCUUGAUGAUGCAUUUGAACAAAAGAAUACUGCUCGACAUGAACAUGGUCUUGAGUUUAUUGCUGAAAAUCCAGCGAAAGUUAUUGGACGAAUGCCACCAAUUUUACCACCAUUAGCAGGUGCAGAAUGCUUAGAAAUGCAAGGUCAAACAGAAGGUGGAAGUAGUGCUCGAAGAGCUAAACGACAGAGUUUUACAAAACAAUCUGCUUUGGAUUCUGAUGUUGCUUCAGAUGAUGGAUCGACAAAUUCAAAUAAUAUUAGUAAUAAUACAUCAAAUGAUGAAGAUGCUUCAACGAUUGCACCAUCAACACCAGUUCCAUCACUUAGUUCAGCUGAAUCAACACUAUCAUUAGCUAGUGAUGCAUCAAGUGUUGAUCCAGCAUCAACUUUACUUAUGAAAGAAUUACCUUGGGUACCAAAAGUUAGACAAAAAGAUUUAGAAACAUUUCUUGAACAUACUCGAAAGAAAUUUGUUGGAUUUUCAAUAAAAGAUGAUCUAACAACGUUAAUUGGUCUACCAAAACCUAUUCAUGAAAGCAUUAAAAUUCUUAAACAACAUUUGUAUAUUCCAUUAUCAGAAGUACAGAUCAAAAUCGAAGACGAUAUUGUUAAAUAUCCACUUUCAAAGAAAGAAACUAAUGUACCAGAUACUGCUGCUGAACGAUUAUAUCGAGCAACACUUAUGCAAAUACCACAAUUUCUUAUUGCCUUGCUUAAAUUACUUUUAACAUCAACACCAACUGCUAAACCAAAGACAGAAUCUAUUAAUAUACUUUGUGAUGUUAUACCAGAAGAAAUGCCAUGUUCAAUGGUACAAACUAUGAAACUUGGAUUUGAUAUUAAUCGACAUAAAGAAAUGAUUGUCAAAGCUGUUUCAGCUAUUUUAUUACUUCUUUUAAAACAUCUUAAAGUUAAUCAUAUCUAUCAGUUUGAAUAUAUCUGUCAAAAUCUUGUCUUUUCAAAUUGUAUAACAGUUAUCUUAAAAUUUUUCAAUCAUAAUAUUCUUUCACAUAUACAAGCAAAAAAUACAAUUCCACCUCUUGAUUUCCCAACGUGUGUCAUUGGACCUCAACCUGAACUAACAGCUGAUUUAUUCGAUGUACCAGAAACAGAAAACUAUUGUUGGAGAAAUAUGUUUUCAUCAAUAAAUCUUCUUCGAAUUUUAAAUAAACUAACCAAAGGAAAACAUGCAAGAACAAUGGUUCUUGUCGCCGUUAAAUCUGCUCCAAUUCUUCGCAAAACUCUACGUGUUAAACAAGCGAUGAUGCAAUUGUAUGCAUUAAAAUUAUUAAAAUUACAAACACGUUAUCUUGGUCGACAAUGGAGAAAAUCAAAUAUGAUGGCUAUUUCAGCUAUAUAUCAACGUGUUCGACAUCGUCUUAAUGAUGAUUGGGCAUAUGGUAAUGAACAAGAAACUCAAACAUGGGAUUUUCAAACAGAAGAACGAGCAUUAAGAAAUAAAAUUGAUAUAUUUAAUCAACGUCGUUAUCAUCGUAUAGCAGCAGCUCAUGCAAAUAAUAAUAAUACUAAUAAUCCAGCAAAUGCUAGUACACAGAAUGCAUCAGCAAAUGAAUUCGAUUUUGAUAGUUUUACUCCUUUAAAUAAUGAUCUAUUAACUGCACUUUCAUCGAAUAAUAAUCUAGGUGAUCAAGAUUUACCUGAAGCAUUUAAACGACAUUAUGAAGAAUGGCUUAAUGAUGAAGUAUUUAAUGUUGAACAACAAACGGAUUGGGAUGCAUUAUUACAACCAAAAUCAAUUGUCAUUUAUUAG